AUGAAGCAGUCGGGAGGAGCCGCGUCGCUGAGCAAGAGCCACUCUCUCUCCUCGCACGACGCUUCCGAGAAGUUUCAACAACACCCGCCAAAUUCCUCCCGUGUCGUACUCCAUCCCUCAAGAGCGAAACAGUCGGGAGGAGCCGCGUCGCUCAGCAAAAGCCACUCUGUCUCCUCGUUCAUCCUGAUAGAUGCCCCUUCCGUUCAUAAUAGUCACAGUAAAUACAAGUACGAUCGCGGUCCGUCGUGGUCUCUCCUCGUCCUCGCCUGCGCGCUCACUGCGAUCGUGUCAAGCCUCGCGGGGUCCUACACUUCGUACGCGCUAACGAGGAAUUCGUUACAGUUCACGGAUAUUUCCGUAACGGCUUACUCGUCCAACUCCUUCGACCCCUCUGUUGGACUGUCCACUGUCAAUCCCCCUGCCGCCACAACCGCCGUCAAAACCGCCGGGGAAGCCGCCGCUGAAUCCGCCGUCACCCAUUCCAGCGAGACCAGAGGAAAUCAACGGGCAGAAGACGACGCGGUGGCGCUGUACACGCCAAAAGCGUCCCUGUUAUCGCGCUACGCGGACCUCAUCGGACCGAGCAGUCGUGGUCGCGACGCAGGCGCUGGGAGCGGAAAUCGCGGCGGGAAUCACGAGGCUGACUGGGUACGGCGGCUGAUUGAGUCAGCAAAAGUCAACGGCAGUCUUUCCGGUCAGCAGUUACGGAGCGCGGUGUCAGUCACAGCCGUGACUGGUGGGCAGAAGCAGAACGAGUCCAUGGUUGUUCUUGUAACGGGGGCUGCCGGAUUCAUCGGGUCGCACCUCGCGCUGGCUCUGAAAAAGGAGGGUCACGGGGUGGUGGGUCUGGACAAUUUUAACGACUACUAUGAUACUACGCUGAAGGAGGCGCGCGCGGCGCGACUCUGGUCUGCAGGGAUUGAGAUUAUCCGUGGUGACUUGAACAACGGCACGCUUCUCGAUAAGCUGUUUGCUACAGUCACAUUCACCCACGUGGCGCAUAUGGCGGCGCAAGCGGGAGUUCGGUAUGCGUUGGAGAAUCCGAAAUCCUACGUGGACAGCAACGUCGCAGGGUUCGUGAAUCUGCUGGAGAGGUGUCGCAGGGUGCCUGUGCGACAGCCUGCGAUCGUCUGGGCGUCGUCCAGCAGCGUGUACGGCGUGAAUCCUUCCAUCCCCCCUCAUCCUUCAAUGUCCAUACUCUCCUCCCUCUCCUCGCCCCGCUCCUUCCCCCACCUCUCAACCCCAUCUCCCCAUCCCCCUCUUCAUUGUCUGUUCCACCCAUAG